ACAGAGAAACAGCAGAUUCAGAAGAGAAACACACAACAUCAAAAAAAUGGAUGAAUCUGUAUAUUUCAGACUUCUUGUCAUUGCUCUCUGUUCAGUAUCUGAAUGCAGUCAGCGCCGGUAUCAUCAUAUAAACAUCAAUAUGAACUGGACUGAAGCUCAGAGAUACUGCAGAGAAAACUACACAGAUCUGGCCACAGUCAACAACAUGAAUGACAUGAAUGAGCUGAUGAGUAAAGUAAAGAACAACGGUGUGAAUGAUAAUGAUCUGCAUGUCUGGAUUGGACUGAAGAAUACAAGUGUUUAUAAAUGGAAGUGGUCUAUGGGUCACACUGUGGACUAUAAGAACUGGGAAAAUAAACAGUCAGAUAACACAAAUGAUUGUACGAUUAUGAAGAAUAGUGGAAAAUGGGAUCAUAAGGACUGUAAUGAUCAUUUGAAUUUCAUCUGCUACAACGAGAUCAGCAAAGAUUACAUCUAUGAAGAGACUCAAAAAACAACAUGGACAGAAGCUCAGAGUUUCUGUAGACAGCAUCAUACUGAUCUGACCAGUGUGAGGAAUCAAACUGAGAAUGAUGAGAUUCAGACAAAAAUUAAAAAUAAUGGUAAUGAAGUCUGGAUUGGUCUGUUCAGUGAUUCAUGGCAGUGGUCAGAUAACAGUAACUCGACCUUCAGAAAAUGGAAGUCUGAUGAACCUAAUGGUGAUAAUUCUGAACCAUGUACAGAAGUCUAUGUGAAUGAAUUAGGUCAAUGGAAUAAUAUCGGUUGCAGUGUUUCUCAAACUUUUGUGUGUCAUGAAGAUAAUCUGAUAUUGAUCAAGGAGAAGAUGAGUUGGCCUGAAGCUCUGGUUUACUGCAGACAGCAUCAUGUGGAUCUGGUUUCAGUUGUUUCAGAGAAGAUUCAGCGCUGGUUGAAAGAAGUGAUUGUAAACGCCUCGACUGCGUCCGUAUGGAUGGGGUUACGUCACUCCUGUAGUGUGGGGAUUUGGUUCUGGGUGAAUGGAGAGCCGGUGUGCUAUCAGAAAUGGGCUCCAGGGAACGGGACAUCAGUAGAGGACUGUGAUCCUGUAGUGAGAUCUGGAGCUGUUCAGCGUGAAGGAGAUCAUCAGUGGAUCAGUCGUCCUGAUACUGACAAACUCAACUUCAUCUGCAUCACACGUGAUUCAGAAUGAUAUGAUAUAUGUUUGUGUUCAUCACUUUCUCUUUAGUUUGCGUUUUAAUAUAUAUUAAAUAAAUAUUAUUAUAAGAUUAAACUAUUCUCUGUGGUAAAUCAUAUAUUGCAUGCUUACACACUUAUUUAAUCCUUUGGUUUUUAGUAAGGGGUAAGAAAUUAUUUUAGGAGUGAACAGAUGUUUUCAUCAUUUACUCACUUGUGUUGUGAUUUUUAAUAUUAUGAGGUGAUGAGUUUAUAUCAAAGUGAAAUGAAAUUUAUUUCUGAAUUUUAAGAGGUUCAUAUGAGUUUGUGUUAAUAGUUUUAAUAACAGAUGAUACAGAUGUGUGUUUGUGUUUUUCUGUUUCAUCAUCUUUAGAAAUGUCUGCUUGAAUCUGAAACUCUGACAC